AUGGUGUUGAAAAAGUACGAGCUUGAGGCCAAAUUAAAGGACGAAAACCAGCUCAUCCAGAGCGGCGUGCUGCGGGAAGAGAACCCUCUCGAUCUCUCAGACGAAUUCAAGAAAUUCCUGGAAGCAUGCCGGAGAGGAGAUCUGAGGACUUGUCAGGAGUUGAUCUCCCUCGGUGUCAACAUAAACGGCAAAGACAAGUUUGACUAUACCCCGCUUAUCGUGGCAAGCUUGUGCGGGCAUUUUGAGCUUGUACAACUUCUUUUGGAGUCAGGCGCUCUCGCCGAGAGGAAUACGUUCCAGGGGGAGCGUUGCAUCUACAAUGCCCUCAACGACAAGAUACGGAACUUACUGCUUCAGUAUGACUACUCCAAAUCGACGGAUCCACUGCAGCCUUGGGCUUCACAUAUCACUGCCCUCCUCACCCGGACCACGCCAAAAACCGCAGACAUCACAUUGACCACGAAUACCGGCUCUUUUGACCUUCAUAAGUUCUAUCUGUCAUCGCGGACGCCUUACUUUCAGAAGAAGCUUUCCAGCGCCCCAGAGACGGAUAACUGGCACCUCUCGCACUCGGUGCCGGUUGAAUCUUUUCAAGCCGUGCUAAGAUAUCUCUAUCUGGCCGACCUCCCGAGGGAACUGGUCGAUGCCGCCAGCGAUGUCACAGAGGAGGAUGUGUUCAAAGGCAUCGACAAGAUCAGCAGGCAGCUGGAGGUUGAGAAGCUGUGGGAUGCCUUCUUGUCGGGAGAUCGCCGUCUAGCCCGGCAGCGCUUUCAAGACGAAGUGCAAAGAGCACAGUCACAGGUGGAGGACUUCUUCCGCAACAACGUGCUGAAACACAAAAUGGUCGUCGAGAAGUCAAAGGUCAGUGAGGUCAAAUGGCCGUACGACAACUCCAUCUUUGCAGACUGCCUUCUCUACGCAGACGAGUACGAGGAGGAGGAGGAAGAGGAAGGGGAAGGGGAGGAUAAUGAGACCGGGGUCAACCGAUCGAGAGCAAACAGCAUCCCUGUCGGCCCCGGUGGCGAGGUCACUACUACGAACGGCGUUUCAAGACCAAGCCUAUCUGUGAUCUACCCCGUCCAUCGAGCGAUGCUCAUCAGAAGCCCAUAUUUCGAGACGAUGUUCUCGAGCGAAUUCCGGGAAGCUCAACGAUCAGAACAUUUGCACGUUAUCAAGCUGGACUGCACACCGGAGGUUCUUGAAGUUGUCUUGACUUUUCUUUACACAGAGAAGGCCGACUGUCCCCUCGAGUUCGGUCUGGAGCUCCUCUAUACGGCCGACAUGCUCCUUCUAGACAAGUUGAAGAACAAGGCCGCCCUCACCAUCAGCACACUUGGGAGCGGCAAUAGCAAUAUGCUGGUGGAUCGCACACACACCGAAGGAGAAACGGAGACGGAAGCGAUCAACGUGUACGAUGUAAUCCACGCUGCCUGGGACUUGCGAGUACAGAGGCUGGAAGAAUUUGCCGCGCGCUACAUCGCCUACCGGUUGGAAGAUUACAUCGACGACGAGGACUUUGCGGAAUUGAUCCGGGAGAGUGCGUCGCGGCUGCAAAGCCGGCAGGAGACUGACACCAUCGAGCUGCUCGACGAUAUUCGGUACUACCUCUCCGAGAGAUUCCGUUUGCGUUUCGAAGAUGCCGGUCUGGACGACAUGCUGGAUGAGGAGGGCGAGAUCAGUGCUGGAACGGCCGAGGCUCUCGCGGCCCAGGUGGCUGCCAAUAGUGAAGAGGGUAAGAGCCUAGAAGACACAGGACCGCCAGCUGUAGAUGGGAUCAACGGCGUUGUGAGAACACUGGACGGAGAGGCGGCCGAGGAUGAAUUCGAAUCGGAUGCUCUGAACUACCAGAUACUCCUGAGAAAGAUUGAUGUCAUGCUAGACCGCCUGCAGUUAGACGCCUAA